AUGACACAAGGAAAACCGCUGGACCAGUGGAUCAAUCCAAAGGAUUUUCCCAAAGAUUUGAAACUAAGUGGUCGUAUCAUCAAUUGUAUGACCCAAUUGCCUGUUGAGAUAAAUAAAUCUGUCAAUGGCGAAUGGAAAGUAACCCAUUUGCGUGGUUCUUCAGCUCUAUAUGCGUCCAAUCAGUCACUUUAUGACGAGACAGAAUGGGAAACGCAUUUGGUUGGUUGGACGGGUGAAAUUAAGAGUUCAACUACUAUCAAUAUGGAAGUUGACCAACUGGGUCAGCCUAGACACCAAGAAACAAUCAAUAGCGAUCCGCUUUAUUUAUCCCAAAAUGAUAAAGACAUAGUCACGAGCAUGAUCCGUGAUAAGAACCAAAACCAGAACAUCCAUCCUGUUUGGUUAUUGAGAAAAGAUCAGGACAAGUGGAGAAAAUAUGCUGAAAAUGUCAUUUGGCCUGCUUUCCAUUAUAUGAUGACAGAACCAGAUGAUGGUAAGGCAGAGAGCAUAUGGUGGCAUGACUACGUGAAGUUUAACGAGGCAUAUGCGGCGAGAGUUAAAGCUAUUGCCAAGCCAGGUGAUAUUAUAUGGAUCCAUGAUUAUUAUCUUUUGUUAUUACCUCAAAUUCUAAGAAUGGAAUUAAACGAUGUUUAUAUUUGCCAUUUCUUGCAUAUUCCAUUUCCAUCUUCGGAAUAUUUCAGAUGUCUUUCAAAGAGAAAGAUAUUAAUUGAUGGUAUGCUAGGAGCCAACCAGUUGGGUUUUCAGAGUUAUUCUUUUGCAAGACAUUUUAUCAGCUGCUGCUCAAGAGUUAAUGGUUAUGAGACAACCCCCACCACGGUUACUGUCCAUUCGUCGACUACUAAUGUCGUAACAUUACCCUUAGGUAUUGAUAUUAAAAAUUUAGAAAGAGAUGCUUUUACUACACAAGUAGAGCAGAAAGUCCAGAAACUAAAGGAACUAAAUCAAAACAGAAAAAUUAUUAUUGGUAGAGAUAGAUUGGAUUCUGUGAGAGGUGUUGUCCAAAAGUUACAAGCAUUUGAAUUAUUUCUUGAUAUUUUCCCAGAAUGGAGAGACAAGGUUGUCUUGAUUCAAGUGUCUUAUACUCCAUUUUAUCAUAGCUCUAAAUUAGAAAAAAAAGUUAACGAAAUUAUAUCCAAUAUUAACAGAAAAUACUCCUCUUUGAAUUAUUCACCAGUUCUACACUACAAUAUGAGGAUCGCUAAGGAUGAAUACUUGGCAUUGUUGAGAGUUGCUGAUUUGUGCUUGAUUACUUCUGUCAGAGAUGGCAUGAAUACAACUGCACUAGAAUACAUCGUGUGCCAGAAGAUGAAAUGCUCACCAUUGAUCCUAUCGGAAUUCAGUGGUACCACUGCUGUUUUACAAGAGUCUAUCCAAGUCAAUCCAUGGGAUGGUGUUGGUGUAGCGAAUGCAAUUAACGAGAGUCUGAUAUUAUCCGUCGAAAGAAAAACAUCAAUUGAAAAUAAGCUCUACAACGAUGUCAUCCAUAAUUCUAACCAGAAUUGGACUUGUAAGGUUAUAUCAAAUCUGUUAAACUUUAUGGGCACACAAUCAUCAAGUAAAGGUACACCUUAUUUGAACAAGCCUUUGUUGUUGAAGAAUUACAAAGAGUCUCAACGUAGAUUAUUUCUCUUUGACUAUGAUGGUACUUUAACACCUAUCGUUAGAGAUCCUAAUGCAGCCAUCCCAUCAGCGAGGUUGUUUGCAAUAUUCGAAGGAUUGGUUCAGGAUCCAAAAAAUGAGGUAUGGAUUAUCAGUGGCCGUGAUCAAAAGUUUUUGGAAAAAUGGAUUGGUUCCAAGUACCCACAGAUUGGUCUAAGUGCCGAGCAUGGUUGUUUCAUGAAGAAAGCCAGGGCUAAAGAAUGGAUCAACCUAGCCGAAAGUUUUGAUAUGUCGUGGCAACAAGUAGUUGAUGCAAUUUUCACUAAAUACACCGAGAGGACGCCAGGCUCAUCCAUCGAGAGGAAAAAAGUUGCACUCACAUGGCAUUACCGUAAGUCAGAUCCAACUUUAGGACAAUUCCAAGCUGAAAAGUGUAAGGAAGAGUUAAUAGAGAAACUCAAAAAUAGUGAUUAUGACGUCGAGGUGAUGUCAGGUAAAGCCAAUCUCGAGGUCAGACCAAGGUUUGUCAAUAAAGGUGAAAUAGUCAAUAGACUAGUCAAGUGCAGCGACCCCGUUAAACAAACUUUGAAAAGCAGAGAUCAGCUUCCUGAUUUUGCACUCUGCUUGGGUGAUGAUACGACUGAUGAAGAUAUGUUCAGAGCAAUGAAUAAGAUUGAGGCGGAAUGGACUAAAGACGGGGUUUCCACAAAUAUGUUUAACAACUAUGGAUUUUAUCCAGUUACUGUUGGACCGGCAAAUAAAGUAACUGUUGCAAAAGCAUAUUUGUCCGACCCAAAUCAGGUUAUGGACACAUUAGGCUUAUUAUUGGGUAAAGUUUCACUAUUUGACACAGCAGGUACUGUUGAACUUGACGAUAGAGGCCACGUUAUAAACAGUGAAAGUGCUGCUAUCUCGAAACAAAACCAGGUUGAAUAUGAACGUGUUCUCAUGGAAAGGGCUAAAUCUAAUGCCAGUGUAGUCAGUCUUGCUACUCUGACUGAAAGCUAA